AUUUUCCUGGUGUAGUUUUGUGGGAACGCAGCGGCAGCAGUUCUAGUGUUUGGUGCUUGUUGUGAGGGGUCGACGAGGGAGAAGUUAAAACCAUGGGACCGUUUUUACUCGGAGUUCUGGGCUGCUCACUGGUCCUGUCUGUUCAAGCCAUGUAUUCGUCCAGUGAUGAUGUUAUUGAGCUUACGCCUUCCAACUUCAACAGGGAGGUGAUCCAGAGUGAUAGUCUGUGGCUGGUUGAGUUUUAUGCUCCAUGGUGUGGCCACUGUCAGAGUCUUGCUCCUGAGUGGAAGAAGGCAGCCACCGCCCUCAAGGGGAUCGUCAAGGUCGGAGCCGUGGACGCUGACCAGCACAAAUCACUGGGAGGCCAGUACGGCGUCAGAGGGUUCCCCACCAUCAAGAUCUUCGGAGCCAACAAAAACAAACCGGAGGAGUACCAAGGGGGCCGCAGCAGCCAGGCGAUUGUAGACGGAGCCAUGAACUCGCUGCGCAGUCUGGUGAAGGAGAGGCUGAGCGGCAGGUCGGGAGGGUCUGGCUACAGCAAGCAGCAGAGCGGAGGGGCAGGAGAGGGCAACAAGAAAGACGUGGUGGAGCUCACUGACGACAACUUCGAUAAGACGGUGCUAGACAGCGACGAGGUGUGGAUGGUGGAGUUCUUCGCUCCCUGGUGUGGACACUGCAAGAACCUGGAGCCUGAGUGGACAGCUGCAGCCACAGCUGUGAAGGAGCAGACCAAGGGCAGGGUCCGCCUGGGGGCCGUGGACGCCACCGUGCACCAGGUGAUCUCCAGCCGCUACGGGAUCCGGGGGUUUCCCACCAUCAAAAUUUUCCGCAGAGGGGAGGAGCCAGAGGACUACCAGGGAGGUCGGACUCGUGGUGACAUCAUCGAGAAGGCGAUGGAUCUGUUCGCCGACAACGCUCCGGCUCCCGAGCUGGUGGAGAUCCUGAGCGAAGACGUCCUGAAGAAGACUUGUGACGACAGCCAGCUGUGUAUUAUCGGCGUCCUGCCUCACAUCCUGGACACGGGUGCGUCUGGGAGAAACGGUUACUUGGAGGUGAUGAAGAAGAUGGCUGAGAAGUAUAAGAAGAAAAUGUGGGGCUGGCUCUGGACUGAGGCGGGCGCUCAGAUGGACCUGGAGGCCUCUCUGGGUAUCGGUGGAUUCGGCUACCCCGCCAUGGCUGCCAUCAACGCUCGCAAGAUGAAAUUCGCUCUCCUCAGGGGCUCCUUCAGCGAGACUGGCAUUCACGAGUUCCUCAGGGAGCUGUCUGUGGGCCGCGGCUCCACAGCCACACUGGGAGGCGGAGUCAUGCCCAAGAUUCACUCAGUGGAACCCUGGGACGGCAAAGACGGCGAGCUUCCUGUGGAGGAGGAUUAUGACCUCAGUGAUGUUGACCUGGACGACGACUUCGUGAAGGAAGAGCUGUGAGUGGAAGCUGCCGGUGGAUCUGUCUGGUCCAGUGUGGCUCCGCCUCCCCUCCCCUCCCCUCAGAGGAUGAACAGGAGGCCCUGUCGCCAAGUUACUGAAAUAUUCCAGAAAAGACAAAUAAGAGACAUCUGCAGUUUUUCUACAUCAUCAAACUGUCAUGUGGCGGGGGGACGGGGGGGCUGUGUCUCUGGGAUAAAUUCAUUUUCACAAACCUGCUGAACGUUAGAGAAGCUGCGUAUUUAUAAAGCUGCCACCAGCUGAGGGGAGGAGGUUCUGAAUGUCACUUCAAGUCCUUUUAAGACGUUGUUCCCUCUCGCCUUGAAGCACCUAUUUUAAGACAUGGACUUGUGAAAGUAACACUUCAGUCUGAUGAACCUAAACAUGUGAUUUCCUUUUUUUUUUUUUUUUUUUUAAA